UUUCUAUUUCCGCUCAAAGUAAAAAUUGUUAUAUAUUAGUUGCAGGAACUAACUCACCAGGGUUAUUUCAGAAAUUGUAUAAAAAUUUAAAUAGAAAAGGUGCCAUGGCAAACAUUUUUGGUAUAUUAUGUCUUGCUAUGGUAGUGAAAUUUGCUAGUAUAUCUGCGACAGACUAUUGUAAUCUAAAAUCAUGUAAAAAUAUACACCAAAUUCAUACCAUGUGCAAGUAUACGUCAUCAGAACCGGCAGCAAGUUGCACGGAAUGGAGUAACCAAGGUUUUAGUGACGCUGAGAAAAAGCUCAUAGUGGAGAAACACAAUCAAUUGAGACAGAGAGUAGCGUCGGGUCAGGAGACCAAAGGGAACCCUGGUCCACAACCUGCAGCGGUUAGCAUACCGGAUUUGAGUUGGGAUAACGAAUUAGAGACAAUUGCGCAAAGAUGGGCCAAUCAGUGCGACUUCAAUCAUGACAAGUGUAGAAAUGUGGAUAGGUUCUCGGUUGGCCAGAACAUAGCUAUGUCGUCCUCUACAGGUAAAAGCACCCCCAAUUUGGAAAAUAUGAUUCAAAUGUGGUAUAAUGAAGUAAAGAAAUUUGAUAAAAAUCAAAUUUCCCCAUAUCAAUUCAGUAUGAAGACAGGCCAUUACACUCAACUCAUUUGGGCUAAAACACGAUUAAUCGGUUGCGGAAAAAUAUCAUAUAAAAAAACAAAAGACUGGACUACGCAUUAUUUAGUUUGCAAUUAUGGUCCAAGUGGAAAUUACAUUGGUCAGCAAAUAUAUGAAAUUAAGCAAUAGAACCAUUCAGUACCAAUAAAUAGCGAGUCAUUUACAAAGUCGUGACACGAAGAGAAACAAAAAAGUGCGAAGAUAAAUAUAAAACGAUAUGUCUUAUCAAUAAAGAAUCAUUACAAAUGUCAUAAUAGUGUUAACAAAGAAAAAGAUCUUCACAUUUCACAAUUCUUCGUUCUAAAACGUGAAAGCGAGGAUGAACUCAUUCCUCAAUUCCUACUUCCAUGGUCUACAAAACUUCUGUCUGACAAUCGAAAUAAUAAACAUUUUGAAAUUUUUAUCAGAA